AUGGCCCGCCUUAGACAUGAACGACGCUGUGAAACUAUAGGUAACCGUGCCUUCCACGAGAAUGAGACUGUGCCCUCUUAUAAUCCCACCACCGUUAGCCAACAUAUUGCCAAUAUUGCAAACUACGAUUGGUGGUCCACCAAUGCUAUAGAUCGUAUGUCUACGGGCGCCACGAAGAAGCCUCACUAUGGAGGUACUACGUACCACAAUAUUGUCGCCAUUAUUACCAGUCAACGUUAUACAAGGCGAAGACCCAAGAACCUCGAGUGCAGAGUCGUGGCACAGAGAUACUAUAUGUGCUCAGUUAUUUGA